CGUCUCUGAGAGACUAUGUGUUGGUUCUUUGUGGUUAACAAAAUUUUCGGAAAAUAAUAUUGGUUUUUAUGUAAAAUAUACAUAAUAGGCGUGAUGACAGUUAGUUUGAGAGUGUUGCAUAUUUCGCGUUAAUACGCAAUCGAUUGUUUUUGCCGUUUGGUUCGUGUGGAAAAUGUAAAAAUGUACGAACAAUCGCAUACAGCUAACAAAAAUUCGUCGCCGUCGUCGUUUUCGUAUUUGUCGUUGUCGUUGUCGUAUUUUGUAUGUACGUGCUGUGUACUGGUGCUAACGACGCUGCGCUGUCUGUUACUGAGUACACAACAUGUAGGGACGACACUAUGUCGACGGCAACGGCAAUCGCAAUCGCAAUUAGAAAAGUGUAAGCGAGAUGACUAUUGCUGCUGUGCUGUUUCUGCUGCUAUUGCUGCUGCUUUUGCUUCUGCUUCUGCUAGAGACAUUGUACAGAGAGCACAGCACAUAUCGUACAUAUACAAUGCUAACUAGCGCGCGAGCGCUCUCGCCUUUGCGGCAACGACAUUGUCAACUUUAGACUUAUAGUCGGAACGGAACACGGAGGCAUAGAGAAAAAAUAAACGAAAAAAAAGAGCCGAACUGGUGUACCACCUCCCUGCGUAUAUAAAUAUACAUACAUAUACUGUCGUACGAAUUUAUAUGUACGCAUGUAUGUACGUACAUACACAUGUAUGUACAUACAUAUAUUUCAAGAAGAAGAAGAGAAAUACGAAGAAGAAGAGUAUAUGACGAAUGAUAAAGUGCUAGACAAAAUAAAUAUGAACUAUUUUCGGUGAAUUCUUAAAUCGGCUUUUUGUUUUUUUCCCCCUAAUAUAUUUUUUAUUUGUUGUUUUGUGUAAUUCUGCUGACCUGAAAAUAAAAGUGUUUGUUAAAAAGUGUGUGCAGAAUUAAAUAUUAUGUGUGUGUACAGAAAAAAGCGCAAUAGGGAAGUUGACAAAAAGCAAAGAAAAGCAAAUUGUUUUUUCUUAUUUAAAAUUUGAAUUGCCACCCUAAAUGAUAUCAUAUUAACUGGUUUAAUCACCGGCCGAAAAAUGAAAAACCCCAAAAAUAGUGGUCACAAUAUAACAAAAUAACUUCAAAACAGUCGGCGCAGCAUCGAUUUUUUCAAAAUACACGCGAUUGAAUUGGUUGUACCACCUUAAAUCCAAUAUUUGUAAAGCUUUCGCCUUAUCGAUGGCAUAAAAGAAAACUCUAAAUAAAUAAUACAGAAAAAAGCGGAGCCGAAUGCAUUGGAAAAGGUUUGGUCCAAAAGAAAAUAAUACAUAAUAAUGAUCAUCGAUAAUUUAUAUUUCCAAGGAAAGGGAACUGAAGUGUAAUCCCCUGAAAGCUUUACGUAGCAAAAGAAAUGGACACAUCAAAUGCCAGCGCUAAAUCAAAGACGUCUGCGUCGGGCAGCAGUAGUAUUAAUGGAUUAGGACCCCAAAUCAAGCAUAUAUCGUCGCAGGACAUCGGUUCCACCGUAGCCGCUGUCCAGGAUGAGAAGAGCGAACAAUCGCGCGAACAGUCCACAGUGCUCACGGUAGUUGGCCAGAGUAUAUCCAAGAGUUCGACUGCCCUGGCUGUACUGCAUCUUCCUCCGCCAACGGCGACCGCCUUAGUUCAAUCAAGUGCCAAUAUACCCGACUUGGGCUCCAUGCCGCGUGCGCGGCCAUCGUUUUCAUCGAACAUAACGACGACGACGACGACAACAUCGGAUGGCGGCAAAUCAAUGGCUGUGGCAGCGAUUCCCCCAGAAUCUACCACCACAUCGGAGCCCACUUGUCCACCUGUUUCGUCAGUAUCGAUGGCCCCCAGUGCCUGUGACUUUGACUCCGACACGGAACUGUCCAUUGUGGCAGCCGCAGCGGCUGUCUCCGCAUCAGCCGGCAUUGACUCGAGGUCACCGACAUCUCCGUCACCUGCGGCUGCAUCCACAAUAAUGCCCACAUUGGGUUCCAGUGCUGGAGGUGGCACUGCGUCUAUGACUGGGAAUCAAGUCGGUUUUGGAGCGGGAUCAGGAGCAGUGGCUGCUGGGAAUACAAAUGGCCAUAACACCACCUCCAACAACAGCAGCAAUCACCUGAGUCUGAAUGCCAAGCAACAGCGCCAGCAGAAACGCCGGAGGGAACGUGCCCAGCGUUUGCAAGCGGAACGCGACAGUCGAUGUAAUGCCAGUUCGCUGAGUGGCACCUUCAUUGCCGGAUCCUCUGUGGGGGUCAACAGUUCUAUGAGUGCGGCUAACGGGGGCCAAGGUGGUAGCCUCGUCACGCCCAGUGGCGGCGGCGGUGGUGGUCAAUCAUCAGCGGUUGCAAUGGGCAAUGGAUCGGCGGCAGGACCCGGCAAUAAUGGCAUGAUAUAUCACAUCAAUAGCGCUGGCAGCAUGGGCGAGGAUAGUAACAAUUCAAAUGGUAACUUCACCAGCAGCAGCAAUGGCAGCAACAAUCUGCUGCCGCCCACAGAUAGUAUUGCAUCAUUACUCCUAAAUCCACCACAUUCCCCCGAGUGCAACUCGGGACUGAUGGCCACGCCUAGCGAUAGCGAAGGUGAGUCGCUCGACGAGGAUCUGCUUUCGACUUCAUCCUCUUCGACGUUGCUCUUGCCACGGGAUAAGCCACCGCCUCGACCACCACCUCCGGUUCGAAGAAAGCUUCCACGAUCUCCAGUGCUCGAAGAGGAAAUCAUCGAUGGAUUCGCUAUAUUGGAGUUUAAGACAUAUGAAGAUUUAGAGUUUGCCAUCAAACUGGGACAGAAACGUAAGGAAAAGCGACUUUCUGCGUUGGACGAGCUAACUUGUACCUACAGUAUAGAGGAAAUGAAAAUUCCAAAGGUUAUCGAUACUGGUCAAUCGCAACCUUUGCGUGUCACUAGCCUGUCCACGUUAACUGUUAACAACAACAAUUUGAAGGAAAACCCACAGCCUCUUCAUCGUGGCGGAAAUGUCAUCAGCAACAUUAAUAAUAAUAAUAAUAAUAACAAUAGCAUAACCAGCAAUGGUCCCAAUGCAAAUAGCAAUAGCAGCAGUAUGGCCAAUGUAGUCUAUCUGCUGCCGUCUGUAAACAUUGGUAAUGUUUUGGAAACGGAAACGGAGACGCGAGAUCAUUGGCGAUCUGAAUAUGGCCAACAGCAAGACCAAUUGCAAUCGGACAAUAGCGCAAACAGUAAAAGUAAUAACAUUAGUGAUGAUAAUCAAAUUAAUAAUAGUAGUCACCAAAUAAAUCACAACACCUCCAACCAAUUGAGCAAACAGCAAGCGGAUGUUGGUUGCAAUGCUGCGAAAAUGCAAGUGAAUAGUGCUACUAGUACACGAUUUUUGGAGAAUGACAACGAUUCACUUAUGUUGGAUAUAAGCCUGCCAUCGCUGGGCGUUGGUAGUGCCGUAUCGCAUAGUCAUGACCAUAUUGACGUUGGUAUGAUUCACGCCAGUUGUACUGGUAGCGAAACCAAAAAAUCUCACAAUUCCCCCGCCACAAGUAACACCAUUGACCAAUUAAAUGUGACAAAACCGAUGCCCUCGCUUCAGCUCAAUAAUUUAAUAUCAAGUGAUCUUAAUGCAGCUGCCGCAAGUGCAAACAAUAAUCACCUGGGUGUAUGCAAACUGGGAUCGCAAUCAGCACAGGUCGUUAAGAAAUCGAACGGGUUGGAGAACAUUGAAACCGUGACGGCAUCUGCAGCCUGUCGUUCUCUGGAUAUCGAGGAAUUGGCCAAUGUUCCGACACAAUCCUUUGGGGCCAGCAGCAGUAUAAAGAAGGAGAACGAGCAAAGUGAUCUUUUGAAUGAAGCUUCAAUCAAUUGUAGCAGUAACAGCAAAGAAAAUAAUAUCUGUGAUAAUGUCAGCAAUGAUAAAAAGAAUUCUGAACAAAUAUUUGAUAUUGAUAAUCCCCCAACGCCUAUGAAUGUUUCAAAUACUUCAUCGUGUCAGGAUCGUUCAACUCCUCGCAAGUUAUCCGACCUGCCGCACCUUAAGAAAAAGAAUGCGGCGUGUGGAGAUAAUGGCACAUUUUCGGUAGUACCUUUUGCACCGUCGAUAAGCACAGCAGUGUCCGCGGGAGCUCCAGAUAGCGAUGGAAGUAAAGCUUUAAAUAUCAAAACUCAAUCGGAGAGUACGCAAGGCAAAGUAGUUCAUCCUGGUACUUCUUCAGUUUCAACACCUGCGGUGAACGCGGUGGAAUCUGGGAAUAGAGAGCUGGGUAUUCUGCAGAAGUCAACACCCGACAAGGCUCUGUAUCCCGGCCUAUGCGUUGCGCCCUCUGUUUCGUCAGUGCAAUUUCCCAACGUUGGAAUAUCAGCUGGAAAUGAGAAAAUUGUAUCAACAGUUGCGUCUGACAUUGAUCAAAAGAUUAUAUUCAAUACCAAGACAACAGCUUCAAACGGAUUGUCAUCAGGGGUGCAACGGUCAAUUGUUCCAUUAUUAUCAGCUGCACCAUCACCAGCUGCAGUUACACUAAGCAGUCCGUUUAGCGCACAUAUUGCCACACCGAAUGCUGCUGGAUUAUCAAUAUUAACUUCGGCUUCAAAUGUAAUUCUAGCAAGCAGUAUCAAAUCAAAUGAUAACUUUUCACGAAGUAACAGCAACAGUAAUAAUGGAAGUUCUGGUAAUCAGGGACAAUUAUCAUCAGUUGGAUUGUCAAGCAAUCAAGAAACUGCGAAAAAUAAUUCGGUACCGACGUCUUCGCCUCCAAAUCCUAUGGUCAAUGGCUUCCUUAGUGUUUAUCCGCCUGCUACGAUUGCGACAUCGACAUCGGCAACAACCAGUACAUUGCCACGUCUCUCGCCCAAUGCAGCCAAUAAGUUAGUGGCACCGGUUUCUACAUCCAUUUCGUUAAAUACAAACUAUGUUGGAAUUUCUGGUGGAACGACAACAACUUCAGGAAUGGGAAAGGUAGUCUUUGGAGCUGGCGGUAAUGCCAUUGUUGGUACAGGAUCACCAUUGCUUUUUCCUGGUGCACCGCCUGCUCCCAUUUCACAUGUGGGUGCGGGCGUACCAAUGAUUAUCCAAGCCCCUCCAUACCGAGCUCCAUAUACGAAUUAUCCCCUCUACACUCCAUAUAGCAGCCUUACGCACGGGUCGUACCUGCCACCACAAUUGCCGGUUGCCACGUCUAACAUACCGUCUGCACAACAACAUCGGAGCACGGAUAGCCGAAGCAGUCGAGUGUCGCCGGCAGCAUCUAUGAAGCCAACGCCAUCGAAUAUUGCAUUAAGUGUCUCGAUGACCCCGACUUUGCGCCCAAUAACGCCACUUAAUAAUAGCUGUGCAAUUUCUAGCGGCGCAUCGCAGCCCGUUGUGACGGUCGUCCCCUCGGCGAACUCAACUGCCCUUUCGUUAAGCAAUCCGCAUAUAUCUCAUUCCCAUCAUGUGCCUGUCUAUGCCUCAGGUGCAUUUUCUUCGGCGUCAGCUGGGACAAGUACUCCGAAUUCUGGACUCUCUACUCUUGCAGUAACCUCACUAUCAACGUCGGCUGCUCCUCAGCCGCCACACUUUCCCCAGUCAAGUCAGAUGCUUUCACAGAGUGGUAACUUCUCAUCGGUGUCCCAUUUGCUGACUACGCAUUCAAUGCCAUCGCAGAACCAACCUUUAGUACGUUGUGGAAGUACACUAUACUCAUCUGCGUCUGCAUCUGCCGCUGCUGCUGCCUCUGCCUCCAAUUUCAGUCCCUCAGUUCUCGCCGUUCCAAGUUUAACGACAGCGGUCACGUCGAGUUCGUCAUCUCCAUCUACAUUAUCAUCAUCUGUGAUCCAGAAGGUUAUUUCCCCAAAAGGUGAAAGUCCUGGCAACAAAGAUCGGGAUCCCAGUUACAGUACAAAUAUCAGGUCCCAUGGUGCAUCAACAAUAUUGCCUGUCGUGUCUCAAGGCAUUGGCCUGGGAUCGUCGUUUUGUGGUAUUGCCCCAAAUCAAUAUGGAGGUACAGGUACCCCAGUAUUAUCCUCUAGUUCUUCAAUGCCAGGACUGGGAAAUCUCUCCUCAUACUCUUCAAAAACGGCGCUAUGGUUGAACUCUCCUGCAAACGCAGCUGUAACGACGUCUGCUCCGUCAACACCAAUAGUGUCUAGUGGAAGUGCCCGUCCAACUCCUCCCCUCUCAAACAGCACAAGCAUGGGAAUUGGAAUGAUGAACGCGGCAUCGACAGCAAGAAGUUCUUGCAAUGCUAUAUCACCACUUUCGAUCCCCGCAACCGCUGGUAUCCACGUGUCUGCUACAAAUCCCCCUUUUCAGUCUACGUCAUACUUCCCAACACCUUUAGCGCCGCCACCAUCUUCCCCAUCGCCAGCUACUUCUUCCGCGGCAAUCAUCAACAGUUCAUCUGCUUCGCAAUUUCCGACAGUAUCACACUCAAUGAGCAGUAUUGUGACGACGGCCGGAGCCACAACGACAACGGCAUCAUCUUUAACACAACCCACGGUUGCAGCUAUAUCCAAUCCUGUUUCAAAUACGCCGCAUCCCUUUUCUGCAGAAUCACUUUUUCAACCAAGUAAAAAUGAUCAAGCUGAUUUGCUGCGGCGUGAGCUAGAUAGCAGAUUCCUGGAUAGAUCUGGCUUAGCUGUUACCCCUACACCGCCAUCAUCAACAUAUUUACGAACUGAUCUCCAGCAUCAACAGCACGCUCAUCUACAUCAGCAUCCGCAGCUGCUACCACCAGCAUCAGCUUCAUCAACUUCCUUGCCAGCUGUGCAGCCAACAUCCGGACAAAUUUUUCCCCCGCCAUUAUUUAAAGAUAUUUCCAAAAUCUCGUCCGUCGAUCCUCAGUUCUAUCGCACUGGCAUGGGAUUGCCAACAGGAGGCUACACAGGAUACACCUCAGCAGGCCUUUUACAUAGUGGCUUAGGUGGCCCAACGCCGUUUAUGCCUCCUAACCACUUAACUUCCUUUGCCCCAAAGAAAACUGGUCGUUGGAAUGCUAUGCAUGUUCGCAUAGCGUGGGAAAUUUAUUAUCACCAAAACAAACAAAGCUCCGAAAAGACAGGAUUCCCAGCGGCCUCAUCGAAUGCACCAUCGAUCAACGCACCAAUUCCUCCAGGUAAUCUGAUAAGUGGUGGUGGUGGCAUCGCCAGUGGAGCUAGCACACCAGUAAAUAAUGUAGCAGCUAUACCAGCGGUGGGUGGCGGUGUCCUUGUGUCAAAUGGUCCGGCCUCAGUACUUGGUAUGAAGACAACACCAGCUUUAGGUAUAAAUGCGGCGCCACAGCAUAUUCUUCAUCGGGCAAAUGAACUCCCUCCAUCGGCAGCUUUUGCAGGUGGUUUGCCAGGCCGAUUAGCCUUUGAAACGUCUCCCUUGGCUGCGAGUUUCAUUGGUGCUCCUCCUAGUCAUAUUGGAACCGCUGUUUCCCCAUUUGGACGCUAUGUAACUCCGUUUGGAUUCACAGGACUAACACACUUUGGUGGUCAUUUAGACUCUUGGAGGACAAAUGCAAUGCAACGAAGUGUCGCCUAUCAUCCUUCGACCGCUACGGCAUCUCCCAAUUGGCCGGUAAAGUCGGAUCCUGGCCUGGACAAUGCGCGGCGCGAAGCCGAGGAACGUGAGCGUGAGCUGCGGGAUCGUGAACAGCGGGAACGAGAUCGCCAGCGGCGCGAACGUGAGGAACGUGAACGGAAGGAAAAGGAGGAAAAACUUAAGCGCGAACAGCAAGAAAGGGAACGCGAGCGAGAACGUGAUCGAAAGGAGCGUGAGCGUGAACGUAGGGAAAUCGAGCGCCGGGAACUGGAACGGGAGCGAAUGUUGCAACAGCAACGGAUAAACGAGAGCAAUAAGCAGGCAGCAGUUCAAGCUGCGGCUGCUGUGGCGGCACCCGUUCGCGAUCGAUCACCACAUCGAAAUGUUGGCGAGCUUAAUACGGAAAUUCGAAUUAAGGAGGAACAUCCGCGCACAAAGGAUGAACAGGAUGUAAUGCUUUUGCGUGCUUCGGCAGCUGGAGUUGGUGUUGGUGAUCCGCGCUAUCAUUCAUCCUCGUUGGCAGCCGCCCAAGCUAAUGCAGUUGCGGCGGCGGCCCAUCAUCAUCAUGCCAACUUUAUGGCAGCCAGUCGACAUGGUUUGCCGCCACCACCAUCACACCUAACCCGCACAAUGAUGCCACCCACUUUGAGUGUCGGUGGGCCCAUCACGCACUUUGGUGCACCAGCUCCGCCAGGCUGGGGAAUAGAUCCAUACCGCGAUCCUUAUCCGAUGCUUCGCUACAAUCCCAUAAUGGAAGCUGCUCUGCGACAUGAAGCCGAGGAACGACAGAAGGCGAUUAAUAUCUAUGCAGCCCAAUCUGCAGCUCAUUUGCGCAGCAAGGAACCAAGUCCUAUACCGCCUUCAGUUGGUUCUUUGGGCCCUCCACCGCCCCAUCAUCGAUUGCAAAUAGUAUCUGGUGGCGUUGUGGCAUCCUCAGGUGUUCAGCAGCCCGGACCGCCGAAUCAGCAACAACAGCCACAGCUUUCUGGUGGCCCGUCAAUUGGAAAGAACCCAGGACCCCCAGCACCAGUAAGUAUGCCAGUCCAGCAUAUGAUUAGCGUCGAUUCAAUGAGCCAACAAACUGUUACCGCUAAGAAGGAAGCUGACCACACGAUGGGCAUUGUAGCAAAUGCUGGUGUGGGUCUAAGUUCAGUACCUGGUGGUGUAAUAGGAAUUUCUCCAGUGUCAUCAGUGGCACCAAGUCGAUGAUAAAAGAAUCGUUACUAACAAUAUUGUAAAGGCGAAUAAGACAAAGAAAUUUAAAAAAUUUCGAUCACCUCCACACCACCACCAACCAAAAUGUCAUCAUAUACGCAAAGUCCCAUCCUAAUUACCUCCUCCUAGCAUCAUUUUGAAGCCUGAGAGAACACCAAUAAAUAUAAAGCGCAACGCUUUUGUAAACUAUAAUUCUUGAAAUACAUACAUUAAUUUGUAACGUGAGGAGAUAGAUAAAGAUGUUUGUGGCAAACAAAAAUCAAAUUAAAAGAGGUUAAGACUUCCUUAUACUUCAGACCUAGCAUUCAACCUAAGCACUGAGUCCCACAUUGGCAAAAUACUUUCCUCGAUCUUAAUAUGGGUCGCGCGUUGAAACGUCACAUAUAAGUAAUACGAACUUUACUUAUUUUUAAUAAAUACAAAUUACAAAGCAUAAAUAUAAAUUUAGGUUCGCAAAUUAAGUUUAAGCGUAUUUGUAUUAUUUGUAUAAAUAUAAGCUUAAGAAAACAGCCACGAGACAUGUUGAGCAACAAAAAUAAUUAUAAUUUGAUUGUACAUAUACAUAUAUAUACAAAGAACUCUCAUAGUUAUAUGACAUCAACAUGCAGCCUAUGGAAUCCAAACUAUCAUGCACAUGAUACAUAACUCUAUGUAUAUCAGUGACAGCUUCAUUCCCUUUGUGCAUUACGUGUUUAAGGACUAAUUAUCAUAUAUGCAAUUUAUGUAAAAAAUUGAUAAAACUAAAAAUAGAAUCAUUACAAA